GCCUUUUUAUACAUGCAUAAAGCCGCUAGCUGCUGAUCUUCUCUAGUUCUCUUCCAUUAAUUCGUCUUCAACCCUCCGCCGGCAACACAAUGGGUCGCGUCAUCCGUGCUCAGCGGAAAGGUGCCGGCUCCGUCUUCAAGUCUCACACCCACCACCGUAAAGGGCCGGCCAAAUUCCGCCCGCUCGAUUUCGGGGAGCGCAACGGCUAUCUCAAGGGCGUCGUGCAGGAGAUCGUCCACGAUCCCGGCCGCGGCGCCCCGCUCGCUCGGGUCAAUUUCCGCCACCCUUUCCGCUACCAGCAUCAGAAGGAGCUCUUCAUCGCCGCCGAGGGCAUGUACACCGGCCAGUUUGUGUACUGCGGGAAGAAGGCCGCUCUCACCGUGGGGAACGUGCUCCCUCUCCGGUCCAUCCCCGAGGGAGCCGUCGUAUGCAAUGUCGAGCACAAGGUCGGUGAUCGGGGCGCUUUCGCGAGGUGCUCGGGCGACUACGCCAUCGUGAUCAGUCACAACCCCGACGCUGGGACGUCUAGGGUUAAGCUCCCGUCGGGGGCAAAGAAGAUUAUUCCCAGCGCGUGUCGGGCUAUGAUCGGUCAGGUGGCCGGAGGCGGGCGUACGGAGAAGCCGAUGCUUAAAGCCGGGAAUGCUUACCACAAGUUUAGGGUGAAGAGGAAUUGCUGGCCCAAGGUUCGUGGUGUGGCUAUGAACCCGGUCGAGCAUCCCCACGGUGGUGGUAACCACCAGCACAUUGGUCAUGCAAGUACUGUUCGCCGUGAUGCGCCGCCGGGACAGAAGGUUGGGCUGCUCGCCGCCAGGAGGACUGGCCGUGUCCGUGGUCAAGCCGCCGUUGCCGCUGCCAAGGCUGACAAGGGCUCUUAGGUUUAAUUAAAACACUCCGUAUAUUACUUCAAAUACCUCUCGUAUGUUACGUUAUUUUAUAUUUAAUUAUUUAUUUACGGAGUAUUUAUUUGUUUUAUUAUUUAUUUUACUUCGUAUUGAUUUUAUUGAGACCUUUGAUAUUGGCCUGGUGUUUGUUUAGUCCUGGUACACUACCACCAACGCAAACUAUUGAAUAAUGUUAUGUUUUACUUUUAGGAAAA